AUGGCUGCAGGAUCGAAGGCCUACGUAUAUUCAUCCGUCGAGGGUGGUUUUAUAGACCAAAUCCGUAGUGGAGGGUUGGGGUCGCCGGAAGACUGUCCCUCGGACAACUACCCCCCAAGCAGGUUCCUACGUCAUAUAGACGUCAGAGAUCGGGGGUGUGCACAGAAGGAGGGGGAGGCGGUGUCAGAGUUUGCCGUACAGCUAAAAAAACUUGCGUCCACCUGCGACUUCAAGGAGUUCUUGGAUGAUGCUCUCAGGGAUAGGUUUUUGUGUGGCCUUCGUUCAAACGAGAUUCAGAGUAGGCUAUUAUCCGAAGGUGAUACUCUUACCUUUGACAAGGCAUUACAGUUAGCCCUAGUUUUAGAAGAUGCUUCUCGUAGUCGUUUAAGUGUUCUGGGCGAGUUUCAGGCGAGAGUCACAAAUAAUGACACAACGUUAGAUCUGCCGAUGGUGAUCAUCCGAAGCGAAACUCCAAACCAACCAGUGUUACUAGGCAGGAACUGGCUUAACAGGAUCAAAUUGGACUGGGGAAAACUGGUCAAGGAUAAUAACCUAGAUGGAAGACAAGUGAAGGACAAGGACAUGUCAGUUAUGGAUAAAAUUCUAGCAGGGAUUGAAAAUGUACACUGUUACCUGGAUGAUAUCCUUAUUACUUCUCAGUCUUUUGAAGAUAUGUACGAAAAGGUUAAGGAGGUUUUGUCCCGAUUGCAACAGUACGGAGUGCGAAUUAACGCAGGGAAAAGUGAAUUUUUUAGGGACAGUCUUACAUUUUUGGGACAUCGUCUGGAUGCAAGGGGAAUAUACCCCAGUGAGGAAUUAACAGCAGAUAUUGUUAAGGCUCCUAGGCCAACCGAUCUAACCCAACUGCGGUCAUACAUAGGCUUAUUAAACUACUACGGGAAAUUUCUCCCAAAUUUGUCUACUCUGCUACACCCUUUAUACAACUUGUUAAACAAGGGGGUCAAGUGGUCCUGGUCGGAAGAGUGUGAAAGAGCAUUUCAAAAGAGUAAAGAGCUCCUUUUGACAAACAAGGUUCUCAUACCCUUCAAUCCGAAACUAGACAUAGUUGUCAUGGCGGAUGCUAGUCCAUAUGGAGUAGGGGGGGUAAUCUCACAUCGGCUUCCUGACGGGUCCGAAAAACCCAUAGCCUUUGGAUCAAGAACACUAUCAGUACAUGAGGCUCGAUACUCACAAAUAGAGAAGGAAGCGCUCGCCUUAGUAUUUGUUGUAAAAAAAUUUCAUACCUUCUUGUACGGUAGACGUUUUAUCUUAGCAACGGAUCACCGUCCUUUGACCUUUUUGCUUGGUCAUAACAAGUCAAUCCCUACUUUAGCAGCCGCCCGGAUUCAGAGAUGGGCUCUGACCCUAGCAGCUUAUGAUUACGAGCUGGUUUACCGAAAAGGUUCUGAUAUGUGUAAUGCAGAUGCAAUGUCAAGACUGCCCUGUAAUGUUGAUUGCAACCCAGAUGAAGUCGUAGCUUUCUUUUCUUCCAUUGAUGAAAUGCCUAUAACCUUCAAGGAGAUUAGUCUCGCCACCCGCCACGACCCCGUCUUGUCUAAGGUGUUGGACUAUACGUUGAAUGGGUGGCCUAGCUAUAACAACAACCCCCAAUUGAAGCCAUAUUUCUCAAGGUCUACCGAAUUGUCUGUUGAGCAGGAUUGCUUACUCUGGGGAAGGAGAGUUGUGAUACCGGCGCCGCAUCGGAAGGAAGUUUUGGCACUCUUGCAUAAGGAACAUCCAGGGGAAAGUCGAAUGAAAAAUCUGGCCCGCAGUUACGUGUGGUGGCCCAACAUGGAUAAUGACCUAGAGGAGAUGGUUAAAAAUUGUUUUAUUUGUCAGUCCACUCGGAAUUCGUUGCAGUUGGCCCCGUUACAACAGUGGUCGUGGCCCAAGCAUUGCUGGCAGCGCAUACACAUUGAUUUUGCCUCAUUCCACAAUAAGGAGUUUUUGAUUAUUAUUGAUAGCUUUUCAAAAUGGAUGGAGGUUUUCUACAUGACGUCAAUCACGUCAGCCAAGACAAUCGAGAAACUCAGGACUUGUUUUUCUGCCUACGGUCUUCCGUCAACUUUGGUAUCAGAUGGUGGCCCUCAACUUAAUUCAAAAGAGUUUGAUGAUUUUUUGAAAGCCAAUGCUAUCCUUCAUGUGGUCACCCCACCAUACCACCCAGCUUCGAACGGCCUUGCUGAACGAGCGGUACAGACUACCAAAAAAUCUUUUAUCCGUCAGCUUUUACAUGAUGAGAAGUCCGGAGAACCUCGGGCUUUACAACAUCGCAUCGACAGUUUCCUCUUCGCCUAUCGAAAUACUCCGCAUUCGACCACAGGAAUCUUUCAUGAGGAGUGA